AUGGACGCUUUUGAAGCUCGUCUGCAAUUUUUGCAGGUCAUCAAAAACCUUCACAAGACGCUCAAUGUCUCAAAAGAUAAUUCCCCGCUGUCUAGCGGAGGCCAGCAGCAAAACGAUCCACUUGCAUUUUACUUACGACAUUACGAACACCACUAUGAGGACUUCCAACAGUGCAUGCUCGAUUCAGCGGCAAAAAUGGACUCUCUGGAUAGACUGAACGUCCUGAUUUACUGGAGUAGACUGAUCUCGAUGCUUUGGUCUCGAUGCAUGAGAGACGUUGAUGGCCAAUUGAACAACACUGGGAAGGUCAUAUAUGGCCAUCUUUUAGGACAGCUCGACGAAAUGGUGGCCCUUGCAUUACCUGGAAACGAUUGGAAAGCAUUGACGAAUCUAAGCGUAUGCGUGGAUAUUGUGAUACAUUUAAAUCGACUGUGCGAGGUUUUGAACCCCGCUGCUGACGAAGAACUUCUUAAACAACCUUACAAACAGCUUCUGAGUGACGACAUUACGUCUCCCUUGGAACUGCCGUGGCUCCAGGCCAUCAAAACGGAUCAGCACGACUACAAACAGGCGAUGAGAAACUGCUACCAGCUGCUGGUGGACAGAGCCAGACACGCUGCAGCAAUGCAAGAGCUGUAUCGUCUUGAAGGCAUAUGUACAGUGACAGAGGCUGUAAACAGCAAUACAGUGCUGCAUAGAAUGGAAAACGAUCGCGAAAGGCACAAAAAAUCCAAGGAACAUCUUUGGUUCACCGAUAGAAACUUCAUCUUAGACGUCCGGGAGUUUGAUUCUCUGUGGGACUCAUGCAGGGGUAUGACCAGAAACGACUACACUAAUCUGCGUGAGCUUAAAAAGAUCGCUCACAACAGCUACAUGUAUAACUAA